AUGCCUUUGGUAUUCUUAUCCUGGCAAGACAAGCUCUUGCACGAAUGCCGCAUCUUCAUAGCCAACUUAGAUGCCCAGGCCAAGAUUCUGCGGUGCGAUCCAGGUGGUCGAGGAAAGGAGCGCAACACGGAUGUCUCUCGGGCAGUAGUAAAGCUGUCUAUUCAAACAGAUCGGAUCAUAACCAUUGCACUCCGUAUGGUUGCUGGGGCUCCGGAUAGCGAGAUCAUUCGUCGCAAUACUGCCUUUUGGUGCCAUGAGGCUGUUGGUCAUUACAGGUUUGAGAAUGUGUUUUUGAGCAUGAAGCACGACUUAGUCCAUAUAACAUUGGCUCUUGACAAGGACCCGUGUCAGUGCGAAUGUAAUGAGAUUGCUAGGCAGUCUUGA